UCUUGAAGUUGAGUUUUAGAGGCGACACGGCGGCUUCAGCCGAUUUCUUCCCCUUCCUUUGCCUCCCCAUGGAUAUGCACUGCAAGGCAGACCCCUUCUCAGCAAUGCACCCAGGGCACGGGGGUGUGAACCAGCUCGGGGGGGUGUUUGUGAACGGCAGGCCCCUACCUGACGUGGUGAGACAAAGGAUAGUGGAGCUGGCUCACCAGGGGGUGCGACCCUGUGACAUUUCCAGGCAGCUGCGGGUCAGCCACGGUUGUGUCAGCAAGAUCCUGGGCAGGUAUUACGAGACGGGGAGCAUCAAGCCCGGCGUGAUCGGCGGCUCCAAACCCAAAGUGGCGACCCCCAAAGUAGUGGAUAAAAUCGCCGAGUACAAGAGACAAAACCCGACAAUGUUCGCCUGGGAGAUCCGGGACAGGCUACUGGCCGAGGGCAUCUGCGACAAUGACACGGUCCCCAGCGUCUCCUCCAUAAACAGGAUCAUCAGAACCAAAGUUCAGCAACCUUUUCACCCAACACCAGACGGGAGCGGGACAGGUGUGACUGCACCAGGACAUACUAUCGUGCCCAGCACAGCAUCCCCUCCCGUCUCCAGUGCCUCCAAUGAUCCAGUGGGCUCUUACUCCAUUAACGGGAUCCUGGGGAUUCCUCGGUCGAAUGGCGAGAAGAGGAAACGUGAUGAAGAUGUAUCCGAGGGCUCAGUUCCCAACGGAGAUUCCCAGAGCAGCGUGGACAGUUUGCGGAAGCACCUUCGUGGCGACACUUUCACCCAGCAGCAGCUGGAAGCUUUAGAUCGAGUUUUUGAGCGUCCUUCUUACCCUGACGUCUUUCAAACAUCAGAGCACAUCAAAUCUGAGCAGGGUAAUGAGUACUCCCUCCCAGCUCUGACCCCUGGUCUCGAUGAAGUCAAAUCAAGUCUAUCCACCUCUGCUAACCCAGACCUGGGGACAAAUGUGUCAGGACCCCAGACGUACCCUGUGGUGACCGAAAACCUCUCCUCUCCCCUCAGUAUAAAGCAAGAGCCUCAUGGAGCCUCUCUCACCCCUUUCACCCCCACCACGCCGGUCGGCUCUGGGCAGGCUGAUCUUCAGCCCUUCCACAUGGCCCUUUCAGAUGAUGCGUCCACGCCUUGCUACAGUGCCUUCCUUCAUCAUGGUGCCCACUUUGGGCAGUCCAGCAGCCAGCCUCUGAUAGCAGGUCGUGAUAUGGCAAGCACCACCUUGCCUGGCUACCCACCCCAUGUUCCCCCGACUGGACAAGGCAGCUACCCAACCUCAACUCUUGCAGGAAUGGUUCCUGGGAGCGAGUUCUCGGGGAACCCCUACAGCCACCCUCAGUACACAACCUACAACGAGGCCUGGCGGUUCAGCAACCCUGCAUUACUAAGUUCCCCUUAUUAUUAUAGUGCCACAUCCCGGGGCUCCGCACCUCCCACUGCUGCCGCUGCCUAUGACCGCCACUAGUUACCAUGGAAACCACAUGAAACUGCAGGGCGACAGCUUAGGCCUCCACAUUGUACCUGUCUGAUCACCUCCCUCCAUCCCUGGGAAGGGUGAAGAGACCUUCUCCGUUCCUCCCCACAGUCCAGUUCCUUCCUCUUCGCCACGAAGGCGCCGGACCAAGCGCUCACCGCUCAAGACUGAGACCCCCCUGCCCUCCCCCUGCCUUCCGCCCCAACCGCUCCCCCCACGCCGGGAAGAGCCUGCGGCCAAGUGGCUUCUCCUGCGGGAGCCCUCCACCACGCCUGGGCAGAGCUCAGCCACGUGAAGUCCCCUUGCCUUCCAGGACUUCAGGGGGACUGGGAAGCAAUGCAGCUGGCAGCCAUUGCCUUACAGGACCCCCUUCUUCUGGGAGCGGUAAGGGCCAGGGGAAGCAGGGGAGAACGCUGCUCACGAAACACUGUUCCCCAAAGAUAUGCUCUUCUGUGGUGGACUCUUCAACAUGCGUAACCUGUGAUGCUCACCCUGUUUCCCAGGCCAGAGGGAACAGUCUGGCUAGAGCAGAGAAGGCAGUACAGAGACCUGGCAAUGAAGAAAAGGACCAAGUAACUACCCGCACCCCACAAGGGGUUCUCUGUGCACCUCCUCAUCCCCACUCUCCAGCAUGGCUUCCCCCAUAGUUGGCUGCACCUCACACGUGGUGACUUUGCAGGCCAGAGCUGGGAGGAACCUCACACAUACACCCACAAUUUCUGUGACACACAAUCAGCUCAGACAGGAGGAUGGAGCAACAUUUACAAACCAACCGACGAAGUGAAGAAAUAUAUAAAUAGAUAUAUAAAUAUAACUGUGUUUUUAUGCUUUGUCAUGAAGGUCUGUAAAAA